GCUGCAGACGUCCAGGAGGCGUUUCAUAGGGGAGUAUAAAUGUGAGAGUAGGAGAGACUGCUAAAUAAGUCAGAACACCUCAGUAAAGUCAGCCGAUAUUAAACAUGUUUCAUGGAUCAGUUCAGGCAGGAAAGGAGCAUUAAAGUGAUCCUGUGGCUGCGAUGGAGAACUACGGUCCAGACGACCUGUUUAGGUUAAAAAGGAAAAGCACCAUGUCCAAACCUCUGUACUACACGAGCACACAUCACCGUUCAGAUGUAGAAAACAUGGAGGAGCGCCACAGGUACGAGAGGAUGGCCAGCGAGCCUCUGCAGACCGUGGUUCUGGAGCAGCAGGAGCUCACAGGCCGGAGGAAACCAGCUCUAGUCAGGUCAAAGACCUUCGAUCACUCCCUGCUCACUCAGGUCCAAACGGACACAGACUCAAAGAUCGAGAGAAAGAAGUCUCAGUAUAGUCAGCUUUCUAAGAGCAACGGUCAGUACCAUAAAAUAUUCAAGGAGAUCAGCAAAGAGGAGCAGCUGAGGCAGAGUUACACGUGUGCUCUACAGAAAGACAUCCUCUAUCAGGGACGCAUGUUCGUCUCUGACCACUGGAUCUGCUUCCACUCCAAAGUGUUUGGCAAAGACACAAAGAUCGCCAUUCCAGUGAUGUCCAUCACUCACAUCAAGAAGACCAAAACUGCUAUCCUGGUGCCAAAUGCUCUGGUGAUCGCCACAGCAAAUGACAGGUACAUGUUUGUGUCCUUCCUGUCCAGAGACAACACCUACAAGUUCCUGAUGUCUGUCUGUCUUCAUCUGGAGGAGAAGAGCCCUUGUAGCAGUCCAAUACCGUCCUCUGCUGAGAGCAGCUUCAGAGGUCAAAGGUCACCUCUGUCACCCCGCUUUCCUAUGAAUUUUACAGGUGAUUUCAGCGAUCUGGAUGGAGCAGUGAGACAGAGGAGGCAGGAGAUAGAGGAGAGCAGCAGCUCUGAUUCCCAGACACCAGACUAUGACAAAAUAGCAGAGUUCCCUGUUCCUCAGUUUCUGGAUGUUUUGAAGCACACAGAAGGUUCAGCUCCUCCUGAAAGAACUGAAAAGUGUAAAGUAAAAAACCAGCACCAGAACCAGAGUCAGAACCAGCAGAGCCCAGACAGCAAACAGCAGGAAACACACCAUCCUGGUUCAGACCUACAGAUUGAUACAAGAACACUGAAACCAGUUUCACUCAACACUGUGCUGUUUGUCUACCUGUUUCUAGUGUGUGUCCUCGUCCUAUCGUCCUGUUACCUCGCCUUUAAGGUCAUCUCAUUGGAGCACAGACUGUCAGAGAUCGGCUUCACCUCAGAGAUUCCCCACCAAGAAAAUGACUUUCUGCAGGGGAGUGACGUGAACACAGAGCUUUUCUCUGAACUUCUGACCAUCAAUCUGCUGAAGCUGGAGAAGGUGCAGAAAAAUCUGCAGAGACUGCUGGAUGAAGCCACCUGAAUGUUCUGGAAACCUGAAAAUGUUCUGUGAAGUUCUGUAAAUAGACUGUAAAUAUGUUGUUUAUCAUAGUAAACAGUACAUCCUGUCAAUGAUGACAACUAGAAAACCUCCUACAAAGGCUCAUAGGAUACAGAAACACAAAAAGCAAUCUGAAACAGAUCUGGGGCCUCAUUUAUAAAGCUUGCUUACACACAAAACAGGGCUUGAAAUUGGCAUAUGCCACUUUCCACACAAAGGUUGUGAUUUAUAAAAAUAAACUUGGAGGGAGAAUGUGCGCACCGGUACCUCAACUUUCAUCCUUGCGUUUGAACAUUUUGGAGAUGGGAGAAACUUGCGGCGCAGAUGGUGAGGUGGUGUAUUGAAGCCAGUUUCAUGUCAUACAUUUAAUGUCAUCACAUGUCAGACUUACAGACCUGCGUUAUCAUAAACAUCCAAGUCUGCAGUUAUAGACGUGUUCCUUUAGUGAGCCAUUAGGCCUACUACUGUAUGCACAAUGUUCAUAUAUCAUACUUUCAUCUUCAAAUGAUAUAGAGCAGUGGAUAGCACUGAUUGAUUGGUAGUAAUUGUGACAAGGUGUGUAACAAUCAGUCUAAAUGCUGAGUAAGCAUAUAAAUAAUGCAAUGACACUCGUGCGUAAUGCUGCACAAUGGAUGUGCUGGCACUGCUGAAAGAUCACGCAAAUGGUAGGAUCAGGAUGGAGAGAGACUUUAGGGACCACAAAGAUUUCCUGGCCCAUGAUGAUGACUGACUAAUAAGCCGAUUUAGAUUCCCUAGAGCAGUGCUCUUGGAUCUAUGUGCUGAACUGGGCCCAGUGUUAGACAGAACCACCUGCUAGAACCACACCAUCCCGGUGCAUAUACAGGUGCUGACCACUCUGGGGUUUCUGACAACCGGCUCCUUCCAGCAGGAAUUCAUCUACAGGGGCUUUCAGUAUGGAUCCUACGCAAUGUUAUAUAUGAGGCCCCCUGGACUUUUACCAGGAAUUUUCCUGGUGGUUCUUUGGGGCUAUGUAUUUGUUUUGUUUUGCUAAAAACCAGCCCAUAGAGUAGGGGCAGUGGCCCAAUGGUUGUUUGAUUUAUAAUGACAGUUUACUGGUCCAAUCACGUCUCCUAAAGCAGGGGUUCUCAAACUCCUUAAACCCCCAAAUAAAGGUGUGAGAGACUGGGGACCCCCACUGUACCUGAAGGUGGCUGAGGCACGGUUAAAUGCAGCAGACUUACAUUUAAGUUUUUUUAAACUUUACUUUGAUUUCAGAAUAAAUCUCACCAAAUUAACAUGUUUUCAUAUUACUUUUUAUUAAUUUCAGGUUUUUUUUUUUAAUCAAAAAUUGAUAAAAUAUACAGUUUGAAAUAAACCCCCCCCCCCCAUCCCCCAGCUUGCUUUCACACUAGCAACAUCGAACUGUGCCCGGGUCCACUUGCGUAUGUGCUCAGUCUGAAACAGCAGGUGGCGGUAUGCACAUAGCUGGUUUACAACAACGCAAAAGAGGAGAAAGAAGAAGAAGUUACCGUGGCAACCACUAGGGUCGUGACCCGAGUGAAGUUUGUUUUUGUUUAAACCCAGCAAAAAAGUCCAUCCUGCAGCCAUGGAUGUUUAGAAUCACUUUUUAAGAUGCCAGCAAUGUCGCUCUUCGUUUUUGCACAUCUAUGUGUAGCUCAGAGGAUUAAAUGGGCUCACGCUGCACAGAUACACGCUGCGGAGACUUUUAUUGCCUUUGCUCUUCCUCUCACUGACUCCAACUUGUGUUCAUUCGUAAGGUGAGUUCCAACAGACCAUUUAUGGACUGGAUUCUGAUGAUUUCCUCUUUUUAUUGAGGAAAAAUGUGAAUAAAUUGUUGCACUAUUGAAAGUAGUUUAAUUUUUACGAUGACGUCAUAAAGCUGAUAUGACGCUUUGUCCAGUAUCUGAGCAUGGUUGCAUUAAAAUCUCAUCCGAACAGUGCCAGAGUCCACUUGAAUCGUGCCUGAGACCACCUGCCCAAGUGGGCCCGGGCCCAGGUGCAGUUUGUUUGCAUUCACACUACCCAAACGAACCAGACUUUGGGCUCAAGUGCACUCGGAUCUGGGACCAAAUCCCUAAUAUGAAAGCACUCAGUGUCUCUGGCAACCCCAGGGGGGUCCCGGCCCCCACCUUGGGAACCACUGUCCUAAAGGCCCACUUAACCCCCUCCUCUGUCUGAAGUCUCACUGUCUGAAGUUUAAAACGAUAGACUGGAUAAAUGAAUAUAUCAAUAAAGUUGGGACACUGAGUAAAAUGUAAAUAAAAACAGAAGUCAAUGAUUGUCACAUCUCAUAAACCCAGAUAUG